AUGGGGCUGCUGAAGCAAACCAACAGCACCCUGGUAAUGGAGGAGCUGGUUCUGGAUGAGAAGCUGCCACUAGGCUGGCAUUCCAGUGGCAUUGUCACUCCUAGCCAGGGUCUCCAAGGUUCCAGCAGCAUCAUGAUGGACAGUACCAAGAUCCUUGGGGUCCAGGUCAUAUUGAUUGCAGCUUAUUCCUUAAUAAUUCUGCUGGGAUUCAUCGGCAACUCCCUGGUGAUCUAUACGAUAGUGAAAUAUAAAACCAUGAGGACUGUAACCAACUUCUUCAUCGCUAACCUGGCCGUGGCAGACCUCAUGGUGGACACUCUCUGUUUGCCUUUCACCUUGGUGUACACGCUACUGGAUGAGUGGAAGUUUGGGGCUGUUCUUUGUCAUCUGGUCCCUUAUGCCCAAGCUUUGAGUGUCCAUGUGUCUACCCUCACCUUAACUGUGAUAGCUCUGGACAGGUAUAGAUGCAUUGUUUUCCACUUGGAUAGCAGGAUCUCCAAGAGGCUCAGUUUCAUGAUCAUAGCCAUUACAUGGUUGACUGGUGCAGUCCUGGCUGGCCCGCUGGCCAUCUUCAGAGAGUACAGGCAUGAGGAAAUCCCAUCCAUCAACCUCAAAAUAGCCGUCUGUUCUGAAAAGUGGCCUUCCGGAAAUAACAGAGAUGCCACCAUUUAUAGCCUUUCCAUGCUCCUUCUGCAGUACAUCCUUCCACUUGCCAUUAUUUGCUAUGCCUACAUCAGGAUCUGGUUCAAGCUGAAAAAUCAUAUCAGCCCCACUUCCAGCAGCGACAGCCAGUGCAGGAGGAAGAAGACAACAAAAAUGCUAGUGAUGGUGGUGGUGGUGUUCGCAGUUUGCUGGCUCCCCUUCCACAUCUUCCAGCUUGCCAUCGACCUGGAUUUGGUGCUCAUCUUCCAUGAGUACAAACUCCUUUACACCGUCUUCCAUGUGGUGGCCAUGUGCUCCACAUUUGUAAACCCCCUGCUCUAUGGGUGGAUGAACAAGAACUACCGGAAUGGGUUCCUCACGUUCUUCAGCUGCCAGAACAAGCCUGAGAGUAUCUACACUGAUGGUUCAAUUAGACGCCGGUCUUACACCUUCAAGGCCACCACUCUGAAUGGGAGCAUCAAGCACUCUGCUGGCAAUGGGCAGCUGCCGACAGAGGUAUAG